AUGGGGCGUGUCGAUUUAGCCUGUGGGAACACGGGUGAACCUUUUAAAAGGCUUAGACACACCAAAUCAUCCACCCGCCGUAGUAGGCUUAGGUCCCCAUCACCUCCACUUAGGACCCCAUUGCCUCUAUCUAGGUGCCCAUCACCACCACCCAACCCGACUCAUGGUGGUGUCGUGUGUCUUGGCCCAAUUCAAGAGGGCAAAUUUGAGUCAUUCCUUCAGCUGGGUCAUGCCAUCCAAAAGUUUGUGCAUGUGCCAUCUCUUAAAGAAUUGCACAUUUAUAAACAAGUCCAAACCCUGUUUCGCAACAUAGUAUGGCACGGGUUGUUAAGGGUCCACGAACUGAGUUACAAAGUCCCAACAGCUGAGUUUUUAUCCUUAGUUUAUUUGGACCAUGGGAUCCUCUACUUCCAUCUCAUGAAUCAAGAUUAUGAGAUUUCCUUGGAUCAAAUUAAUGCCAUUGUUGGGGACCCAACUGAAAACACAUUUUUCCCCACUGACCCAAUUAGAGGAUACUUUGAUAUGACAUGGUGGACCCAACUCACCCAGUUACACCGAUACAUCUCUAGCGUUGCUAAAGCCUCAUCACUUAUCCAUCCCGUGAUGAAGGUGGCCCAAGAAUCAUUGCUUCGCUCGUCGCCCCUAGAGAAGAGCGAAGCAGCAUCAGCGCGCUGGAGCUCUAAAUCCUUUAUGAAAUGGCUCAUCCCAAGGACAACCCCAUUCCUCAUUAUGGUUAAUUUCUGUGCCACAAACUCAUCCACCUGA